AGAAAACAUGUAAUGGGACCGCAGAGAAAACCAAGAAAAACAGCUUAUACAAAAAUAGAAUUGAAUUCAAUCAUAAAUGAUACACAAAGUCCUAUUCGUGUGUCCAGUCGAGCAAACAAAUCUACUUCAAAUAGAUUUAAUGUAAAUUCAUAUUUAAAACAUUUUAUUCAUACAAAUGGCUUGUAGCCAUAUUAUAUCCUUUAUUUUUAUUGGAAACUUGUUCUAUUUUUUUUAAAAAUUAAUAUAAAAAAUAACACUUAUGAUUAUAUAUAUAUUUAUUUUAACUUUGUUUACUCGCUUGUUAUCCAUCAUCAUCCAAUUUAUAUUCAAUAAUAUGAUAGCAGAUCAUGUUCCUGAUGCUUUUCAAUUUCCUUUUAUAUUACAAAUCAAUAAUAGUAUACCAUUUCUUAAUAAUACAAACAAUGUUUUAGAUGGAUAUUCAAAAUGGGAUGCUAAAUAUUUUUUAUUUAUAUCAAAAAAUGGUUAUAUAUUUGAAAACUUAUUAGCAUUCUUUCCACUCUAUCCCAUGAUGAUAGUAGUUUUAUCUAAACUUAUAAUCACUUGUUUUAGAUAUGAAGAAAAUAUUUUCGAACAUCUUUUACUGCUUUCAGGAGUUGUAUUAAAUGCAACCUUGUUUAUUAUGGCAUCAGUUGUUAUGUAUCAUCUUUCCAAAAACAUAUUUCUAUUAUCUCCCAGUUAUACAAGUAAUAUAAUCCAGCUUAUUUUUAAAAAGGAGUUAGAAAAAGUGGAUAUUGUUACAAAUUAUUCUAUUAAUGAAAAAUUAGCUUUGUUAUCAACAUUGUUUUUUAUUUUUAAUCCUGCAAAUAUUUUUUUCAUUGCAUGCUAUUCUGAAUCAUUGUAUACUUUUUUUACAUUUUUAUCUUUUUAUUUUCUAACAAAGUUUUAUAUAAAUUUUCAAGACCAUACAAACAAAUUCCCCAUAUUAGAAUUAAUUAUGGCAUCUAUGUUAAUAGGACUGAGUCUAAUUACACGUUUUAUUGGUAUAUUCAACAUAAUUUAUAUUAUCCAUACCCUUAUAUUUUUCACAUUUAAAUUCAAUUGUGGUUAUGGUUUUAAUUACAAUGAGUAUGCUGAUGAUUUACAGAAAUGUUUACCAGUGAAACAUAUUAUUAAAUCAUUUAUUAAGGCAGGUUUAUAUUAUAUAAUUUCAUUUGUCUUGAUAUUUUUACCUUUCUUUGCUUACUCUUACAUAGCCCAUUCUUUGUUUUGCUUUCAUCAAAAUAAUAUCCCACAUAUUAUGAAUAACUAUGUUAGUGAUAAGAUUUUAAGUAGAGCAUUAGCCGAAAAUUAUAAAAUAACUCCAUAUGUGUAUGACUGCAGUGUUGCUUUAAAUACAUCUAUAGAAUACAAAAGUCCCUCUUGGUGUUCAAAUAAUUCCUACAACUAUGUUUUAAGCAAAAAAUUUAAAUACUUUAUCCAAAUGUUGAGGUAUAACCCGUUUACAUUUUAUUUCUCUAUUCAAGAAAAAUAUUGGAACGUUGGAUUUUUGGGAUAUUACAAAUUACGUAAAAUACCUUGUUUCAUAUUAGCGUUUCCCAUUCUAUUCUAUUUUAUCAAAGCUCUUAUAUAUUCAUAUCAACAGAUGCUGAUCGAAUCAAAGAAUAGUUGUCUGCACAUUAAGAUAUCACAUAGAUAUUAUUCAUUUUUAUCAAAAUUAUAUUUGGCUGGCAUCAAUAUAAUAAUUUAUCCUCUCUUCCCUUACACAUUUAAUGCCAUUAUUCUGGUAUCUGUUUUGGUAUUUAUGUCACACAUUGAAAUAUCCACUCGGGUUAUUUGCUCCUCAAACCCCUUACUAUACUGGUAUUUGGCAUGUCAAUUCUUAAAGAAAUUUCCCACCUUUCCCUCAAAGGGCAUUAUCCUAGAGAAAUACAAAGGUUACUUUGGAACUAAAUUAGUGAUAAAUUUUUGGGCGUCACUUUUUCGAAAAUUUCCAUGCUAUGCCUGGUAUAACGCGUUAUUUAUUGUUGUCGGAAUGUUAGCGCACGUUAACUUUUAUCCUUGGACUUGAUGAAGAUUAUUUUUGAUAUAUUUACCCUAAUUUAUAAAAUAUUGCAUUUUGAAGAUAACUAAAUUUGAAUUUUUUUUGUUUAAAUAUACUUAUAAUUUUAAUAAAUAUUUUUUUUAAACAUAAAUUAUAUGAGAAUUUUUAGACU